AUGUCUGCUUCAAUACAUCCAGCAUUAUUACAAGCUCGAAGACAGCAACAGUCUUCAAAACAAUCCAAAAUGUCCAUCACACAAACUUUCUAUCUCGCCCACAAGGCUCGAAGCAAACUAUCAUCUGAAGCUUCCAAGUCUGAUCACGACCUCAGACUCCUUGUCGGCCACGCGAAUCUUCUUGACCGAUUAAUGCUUCACCUGCAGACAGCCGAGAGGGAACAAGACGCCUGGUUCAAUGCCAUGGUUCGCGGAAACUCUACAGAGGAAGAUGAAUCUGAUAUCAUGGACACUAUCUCCGAGGAGGACGAAGAAGAACACAUUGGUUCGCUCGCAGAGGACUACCCGGCAUCCGAGAGCAGCGAAGAUGAGAGCGAAGAUGAUUAUGAACUGGAAUCGAAUCACAUCGUAUCCGUUCCCAGGUACCCAGUGUACGAUUACAGCAAAACUGUCAUCGACGUUGACGAGGUUGAUGCCGAUGAAGAUUUCGAAGAGGAGGAGGAUGGCUUUUAUGCUUUGAGGAGGACCUCAUCACAUGCCCCGAUGAGCCCCCCCGAACUUAUCGAAGAUGACGAAUCGGAUUCCGAAAGCCUACCACCUUCACCACCACAGCCUACUUUGGCAGAACCAAUUUUCUACGAAUCAAAGAAUAAGAAACAAAUUGGUGGAACUGGCUUCUACAAUUCAACAACCACUCUCGUAGAAUCCACGUAUUACUCAUCAUCGAACAUAAUACCGGCGUUCUAA